AUGGUACGCGCAACAUUACAGGUUGUAGCUCGGCGGAACAUAUACAUCAAUGCUGAGCUUUCAAGUAAACUCAAGUCGGCACCGCACUGGCCGGUUGUGGUCAUUGGUGCUGGACAUGCUGGAUGUGAAGCAGCUACUGCCUCUGCCAGAGCUGGAGCCAGAACAACACUCGUCACUCCGCACAUCUCAAAAAUCGGCACUGCGUCCUGUAAUCCUUCCAUGGGUGGUGUUGGAAAAGGAACUUUGCUACGAGAGGUGGAUGCCUUGGAUGGUGUUGCACCCAAGAUCACUGAUAAAGCAGGAAUACACUUUAAAACAUUAAAUGCUUCGAAGGGUGCCGCGGUUCAGGGUCCUCGCGCUCAGAUCGACCGGAAGAUUUAUCUCGAGGAGAUGCAGAAAGUAAUUUUGAACUACGAGAAUUUGGAUGUUGUGGAGGAUCUGGUAGAAGACAUAAUUGUAGAUCCAACUGAACAUCGAACAGAUACUGGGGGCCGACUCCAUGGUGCCGUGAAAGGUGUUAUUUUGGAAAGUGGCUCUGUAUUUUCCUGUGACAGAGUUGUGAUUACCACGGGAACUUUCCUCGGGGGCGAGAUUCAUAUAGGCCUUCGCUCUUUCCCGGCUGGUAGAAUCGGUGAAGCUGCUACAUUUGGAUUGUCAAGAACUUUGCGAGAUGCUGGUUUCAGACUAGGGCGCUUGAAGACAGGCACGCCACCCCGUCUUCUGUCAAAAUCAAUCGAUUACAGGGGACUUGUUGCGCAGCCCUCUGACUUCCCCCCUCAACCAAUGUCAUACAUGAAUAAUGAAGUCACUUUGAUCGAUCAACUAGUUCAAUGUCACCAAACAAGCACAACGCCAGAAUUCCACAAGAUGAUUAGUGAUAAUCUUGACAAGUCCAUACACAUCAGAGAAACAGUGAAAGGGCCCCGUUAUUGUCCUUCUAUUGAAUCCAAAGUGAUACGGUUUUCAGACAAAACCUCCCAUACAGUUUGGCUUGAGCCCGAAGGACUAGACACAGAUUAUGUCUAUCCAAACGGAAUCUCAACCACCAUGCCAGAAGAUAUCCAAGAACAAAUAGUCAAAAUGAUGCCCGGAUGUGAGAAUGUUGAAAUGCUCCAGCCUGGCUAUGGUGUCGAGUAUGAUUAUGUCGACCCUCGCGAACUUAAAAUCACAUUGGAGACGAAAUUAAUUGAUGGUUUAUACUUGGCAGGCCAAAUUAAUGGAACUACGGGCUAUGAAGAAGCUGCUGCUCAAGGCUGCGUUGCUGGUAUCAAUGCAGGUUUGGCAGAAAUGAACAAACCACCAUUUGAAUUCCACCGGUCACAUGGAUACACCGGUGUUCUUAUUGACGAUUUGAUCACGAAGGGCGUUGAAGAACCCUACCGAAUGUUUACCUCGAGAUCUGAAUUCCGCUUCUCAAUCAGAGCCGACAAUGCGGACCUAAGAUUGACUGAACGGGGAUAUCUUGCCGGUGUUGUCGGAACUUCUCGAUACAACCAUUAUAUGGAAGAACAAGAUCAAUACAACAAGGUCAAAGAAUACCUUAAAUCUAUUGCCAAGAACGGUUCCAAAUGGGCCCCUGUGCUCAAAGGCACUCAUCAAGUGAACGCACACACAAACGUCAAUGGAUGGAAGCUCCUCUCCUACAAGGGUAUGACAUUACAAGACUUGAUCCCUCACUUAGAAUCAAUCACGCAAGCUCCUUUACCAGAUUGCUUUGAUAAUCUUUCAAAGUGGAAUUUGGACAAGUUGAAUGUCGAAAGCACUUAUGAGCCAUGGCUCCGAAAAGAGCAAGCCCAUGUCAAGGCAUUUGAAGCAGAUGAAAACCUCCUCUUACCAGUCAAUUUUGAAUACCUGAAUACAGGCAACAUGAAGUUGUCAAACGAGGUCUGUCAUUUGUUGAAUACAAUCCAACCGAAGACAAUUGGUCAGGCUAGGAGAAUCCAAGGUGUUACCCCAGCGGCUAUAUUCGAACUAUUCAAAUUGGUAAGAGGUAACCAGAAAGUAUAUGCUGCUGAAAUUUAA